AUGCGACAAAAUUCACGACUCGCCAGGGCCCUCGUUUUUCCGCUUCUAUACGGAUUGGCAGCCGCUGACACCUGCCUGAGUCAGGGAGAACUCGCCGGAGUCGUGUUCGGCUCCGUCUUCGGCACGCUCGUCAUUUGCGCGUGCAUCGGAGCCGCGCUGUACUGCUUCCUGUGGCGACAGCCGAAAUCAAAAAUCGCCAACGCCAAAACGAACCACCUACCCCCGACCGCGACAAAAACAACGGAGCGUGGGUGCGACCCGGAAAAUGUGCCUCAUUCUGAUAAGUUCACCCUCAUCGACUCGUACAAGCUGAGGCGAAAGUCCGAUUUUGCGCAGCAAAAGAGCUUCUCCAGCGAGGAUGUCAAUGAGGUGGAGGCCGUGGCAGCCGUCGACUUGUCCUCGAAAUCCCUGCAGGGCCUCGGCUUCUCGGUGCGAGGCUCAAUGGGUGAGGGCAUCUUCAUCAGGGAGGUCAUCGAGGACGGGCCGGCUGAUACAUCGAAGAAUGUGUUCCCAGGCGACCGCAUCCGGGGCCUAUGGAUCAGCUUCGACGAGAUGGUGUUCAGCGAUGCGGUGACGAUACUGUCGUAUGCUUCUCCGUAUAAGGUGAAGCUCGAGCUGGAGCGGAAGGUGGCCGAGACGCCGACGCUGGAAAUUGACACUCAAGCCCCGUCCACCUUCCUCCACCACCCCCUCUUCCGCAGUAACUCCCUCCGGCAGCGCGUCCAGUUCAACCCGACCUCAUGCUCCCCACCAAUUCGCGUGGAGUCCGAGUCUACCACCCAGAAGUUCGCCCUCCCCUCCCCGAGAAAGGAGGAGAAGCCGGAGCUGCAGCGCGAGAAGAGCUACGAGUCGAUCACUACGCCGAGGGAUCCAACCCCCGAGCCCGAACCCGAGCCCCAGCAGAUCGACGAGGAGAAAGACGUCUCUUCGAAGCAACACUCAAAAAUGUCGUCUAGCGACUAUUCGUCGACUUCGGAUGUCUCGUCGAUGAGCAAGGAGGCAGUGCCCCAGCCCCCGCUCGAGCUGUCCGUCAGCCCAACGCCUCCCGUGGCCGAGAUCUGCGCGCCAGUGCCGAUUCCAAAAACCGCGAAGUCACUCCUCGCCCCCGACGACGCGGAAAACGUCAGCGAAGAAGCCGCCGCUAUCCGGGCGGCCGAGCCGAAUCGGACAGUGACAGGAAGAAUUUGCGUCUUUUUCCAGCCCCCUCCCCAAGCCAAGGCACCCGAUUUCACGGAAGCGCGCGUCUCGCGGAUACCGAGGAGGGACAGCGAGAAAUCUAUUAUUAUCGAACGAAAACUUCCUAGAGUCCCCUCUGGCUCGUUCAAUAGGAGCAACACGAUGGAGCAAGACGCCACCAUCUGGAGCCGCCUCUACCAGGAGAAGAAGGGCCAGCUGAAGAAGACGCGCGAAAAGGAGGGAAGAGCAAAAUCCGAGGAUGCCAUCUACGGCACCCUCCGCGGCGACCAUCGACGCCGACUGACGCAGAAUGAGGAGCAGCUGGAGCGGCAGAUUGCCGAGCUCCGGCAGCUGGGCGUGUUG